CAUCCACAACAUCCACCUCCACCACCACACAACAAUCCACCAACAAACAACGGCUCCAAUUGAGAUUGACGAGCCGUUGACGACCAAUUCGAUGCCAAUUCCAAGAUUGGCAGUGGCAAUCUAUAGGCUAACCACCAGACUACCACUGCAACAUCUCAAAAAAAAACAUUCGCCGCAUCCGGCCCGACGACCUGGCUCUAAUCCGACCCGCCGCGGACUGAGACUUUACCCUGCCUAAAGUCUCAAAGAAGCCAGAGGAGAGAUAGGACGUGACUGACGGCGGGUGGGUGACGCCUGAUAUGAAUGACCCUUACAUAAGUCCUGUUUAUGCUCUCCGGACGAAACACCGACGCCGCCGAAGCUAAAGUAUGGAAAUUAUAAGCCGACGAUACUACGAAGUACGUCUAUCUACCCGACACCAUAUGUCCCUACCCGACAGAUACACAAGAGGAAAGGCCGAGGGGCUCUUAAAUCAAGAACCUCUCAUACAGAUACAGAAGAGGGAAAGGCCGAGGUACUCUUGGAUCAAGAACCUCUCAUCUUUCCUUCUAAGAACAAGUCCAUCCCUCUCGGAAUAAGUCCCUCCCUUUCGCCCCUUCCUCCAUCCGGCGGUAGUCCCAUCCCAUCCCGCACACCCCGACCAAACACCCCGUCAUCCCAUACAACGUCAACUUUCAAAGGCAGGCAGGCAGGUGAUAUCCCCCCUCCCCUCCCGCCACUCCCCAUCCCUCACAAAUAUACCUCCCCCAAACCUAGGGUGGGGAAAACCCCCGGGAAUUGGAGAAACAUCUCCCCCCUACUCCCGACGCGGGGCAACAGUGACGUUCCAUACAACCACCCACCACCACCACCACCAUCGUCACCACCACAUCCCCCAUCCACCCAUCCCACACUCCCCAAAUCCCCGACCGAACCACGCCUUCGCCGACGGAAACGUCGGCGCGGCGCUUCGGUCGGUGGUAGGGUCGUACUUUUCUGUACUGUACCAUACUCUGUAGUAAGUAAGUAGUAGCCACGCCACGCCUGGUUCUACGUAGCGUAGUGUCAGUGAGGUAAGGAAGGUGGAGUGAAUGGCCACAGACCUGUCCACGAGCCGGCGGGGAGGGCGGGGACUGGAGGGUAGAUAUGCGAUGAGGGUCCCGCCGGGGUGGUCGGAUGGGUAUUUUAUUUUCUUUCAUAUACCUUAUCCUAUACUUUCAUACGUAGUUUUUUUUGUUAUAUGAAGUAAUAUCGUGAGAAGAGGCUUUUGUCUCAGUUAAUAUACCGCCUACCAACCUACCUACUACCUACAUACAUACCUGCUGAGCUGUCCAAGAUCUAUCUCGAGCUGGCUCUACGAAGAUAAACUGCUGCUGCUGCGUCGUUCAUCUAUCAUCCUCUUAUCUUCGAACCAAAUCGACCGACCUACCUAUCUACAACUUCACAAAGCACAACCGCAGCCAUGCGUCUCAUUAUCCGCGAGAAUCCGGACUCAGCGUCGGAGUAUAUCGUCAACUAUAUCAUUAACAGAAUCAAACACUUCAACCCCACCCCGCAACACCCCUUCGUCCUCGGCCUCCCCACCGGCUCCAGCCCAGUCGUUAUCUACCGCCUCCUCGUCGCCGCCUACAAAGCCGGCCGCAUCUCCUUCGAGAAUGUCGUGACCUUCAACAUGGACGAAUACAUCGGCAUCCCCGCCGCCCACCCCUCCUCCUACCACUCCUUCAUGUACACCCACCUCUUCGCCCACGUCAACAUCCCCCCCCAAAACAUCCACAUGCUCUCCGGCACCGCCCCCAACCUCGAAGCCGAAUGCCUCGCCUACGAAGCCGCCAUCCGCUCCGUCGGCGGCAUAGACCUCUUCCUCGGUGGCAUCGGUCCAGACGGACACAUCGCCUUUAACGAGCCCGGGUCGUCCCUCGCGAGUCGCACCCGCGUCAAGACGCUGGCGUAUGAUACUAUUCUCGCGAACGCGCGCUUCUUCGGAGGGGAUGUGGAGAAGGUGCCUAAGAUGGCACUGACGGUGGGCGUGCAGACGGUGCUGGAGGCGAGGGAGGUGCUGAUUGUUAUCACUGGGGCGCAUAAGGCGUUGGCGUUGCAGAGGUGUAUUGAGGGGGGUGUGAAUCAUAUGUGGACGCUUUCGAGUCUGCAGUUGCACCCGCACCCGAUGAUUGUGGUUGAUGAGGAUGCGACACUGGAGUUACAGGUUAAGACUGUGAAGUACUUCAAAUCCAUCGAAGCCGUCGCCGCCUCCCAAGGCUUCGAGCAGAUCCUCCCCUCCGCCGCGCGCACCGGCCCCCGCCCCCCUGCCAUCGACGCCCACUACGUCAACGGCGCCAACGGGAUGACCACCAACGGCACCGUCCCCACCAAGCUCGCGCCCACCAUCCUGGCUCCCCAGCCGACGACGAGCACGCUGCUCAGCGCGCCGGCGACGGAUUAUCCGGUGAGGAGCGUGACGCCGGAGUUGGUGCCGGAUAGUAUGGCGAGUAGGAUUGAGGGGGCGGCGAAGGUGGAGUUGAAGGGGGAGCUGGAGGUGGAUAGUAUGGCGUCUAGAAUUGUGGCGUAAAGGGUG